GGUGGCAUCGGCGGCGGCAGCUGAGGAGGAGGAGGAGAAGGAGGGGGAGCGGAGGGAGGUGUUUCUGUCAGUUCCGGCUGUUUGUUCGGGAAGUGAAUCCGCUGCUGCCGGAGCAGCCCGGAGGGAGCUGCGGUUCGCGAGGCCAGUACCGACCCCGCCCGCCCGCGCGCACUGCCCCCGCCCGCCAUGGCCCGGGACUACGACCACCUCUUCAAGCUGCUCAUCAUCGGCGACAGCGGUGUGGGCAAGAGCAGUCUACUGUUACGAUUCGCAGACAACACUUUCUCAGGCAGCUACAUUACCACAAUUGGAGUGGAUUUCAAGAUUCGGACUGUGGAGAUCAACGGGGAGAAAGUGAAGCUGCAGAUCUGGGACACAGCUGGGCAGGAGCGCUUCCGCACCAUCACCUCCACGUAUUACCGCGGGACCCAUGGGGUUAUUGUGGUGUACGACGUCACCAGUGCUGAGUCCUUUGUCAAUGUCAAGCGGUGGCUUCACGAAAUCAACCAGAACUGUGAUGAUGUAUGCCGAAUACUAGUGGGCAAUAAGAAUGAUGACCCCGAGCGGAAGGUGGUGGAGACAGAAGAUGCCUAUAAAUUCGCUGGGCAGAUGGGGAUCCAGCUUUUUGAGACCAGUGCCAAGGAGAAUGUCAACGUUGAAGAGAUGUUCAAUUGCAUCACAGAGCUGGUUCUGCGAGCAAAGAAAGACAACUUGGCGAAACAGCAGCAGCAGCAACAGAAUGACGUGGUGAAGCUCACGAAGAACAGUAAACGAAAGAAACGCUGCUGCUAAUGCUCCAGUCCACUGCAGAGACUGCACUGUGGUCCCUCCCCCAGCCCGGGGCCCGAGCGGGCUCUGAGGGGGACAGUCUCAGUUUUGUGCCGUUAUUUAAAGAAUUCUCUCCACUUUUUUGUAUUGGGAGGUGCCAUCGGCACUUCCUCCCCCACCCCACCCCCACCCCGAGUGCCAAGAAGGUGUUGGAGGAGCCUGCCCUUCCCCACUGGUGCCCUCCUCCCUGCUGAGGCGCCUGGACCUGGCGAGGACGUUGCCAGCGGAGCGGACUGAUUAACCAGUUUGUACAUAGUGUAUAUUGCUUUAACCAGCUGCACAGCCUCAUCCUGCUCUGGCUUCUGCCUCCUUAAUGGCAGCCUGCUGCAACAGAACCUCCCCCUGGCCCUCCCAUCCCAGCUUCUGGAGGAGACGGCGUCAUGUGCUAGACAUCUCGGGCUGGCCUGGGACAGUGGAGUGGGCUCCGUGUUGCUGAGUCUUUGCUGCAGGCUGUCAGUUUCAGUCCUUGGCAUACAGGGUCUGACCCCUCUCCAGGGCCUGUGUCCAUUCUGCUGCCUCCAGUUGUGCUGGGAGCUGGGGAAACGUGGCCUUGAGGCAGCCGUUCCCUUCUGCCGGCCCCAGGCGAAGUCAGUCCUACCCUUUGGCCAACAGGUUUCUCAUCCUGCGUCCUCGACACCUCUGCUACAAAUCCAGGGGAGCCGUGGCUUCUAACUUAUCAACAUGUUUCAGUUCCAACAGAAAGGUAGGAGUGUGUGUGCAGAGAUGGGGCUUGGAGGCUAGAGGAGCAUUAUCUGAACAGAUAAAGAAAAUGAAGCCAAAUCAAAUGAAUUAAGUUCUUCACCAUUAUCUUUUCCUAAGGUUUGACUGGCACAGCAGCAAAAGUUGUGACCACCCCACUUCGGGUCCAGUGUUUUUAGAAAAAGUGAAUUGCUUUCUGUCAUUGUGGGGCUUGGCCCCUUGGCCCUUAGAACAGGAAGGGGAUUUGUACCCUUGUCCAUGUUGGCCCUCCAGGGCCCCCCACUGGAAUUCAAGUCCACAGCACUAUGCACCUCUGAAUGUGAGGGUGGGUGCCGGGGCUGCUGGACGGUGGGGCAACGCCUCUCAGCUGGAUGGGCAGCCUUGGAUCACUGAUAGAACUAUUUUAGCAUGAAGGUAGUAGGUCUUCUUGGUGGCAAAAAGUGGCAGUGGGGCUGGGGACAGCCCAGUUGUGAUGCAUCCCAGUACCUUGGAGGAAAAACCAGGGUCACAUACAUUUGGUUACUGUUCCCCUGUCCCUGGGGUACUUCAUUCCCAUUUCCCCUGGAAGUAUCAUGCAUAACCUGGGAAGAAAUUAUUUCAACACCAUGAUGUGUUUUAUGAGAUUUCCUUUCCUAGGUGAUUUCUAGGCAAAGGCCUGAUUGGACAAUCACAUCACAGAUCACACUGCAGAUUUUCCAUGUUAACACUGUGGAUGGGUUUUUAAUCAAUAAAAUCGGGGUUUCUUUUCACCUGUCUCUCCACUUGUCCAGACUGUCAAAGCCAGGGUUCUGUGACAGGCCUUUGCUUUGGAGCCAUGGGCUGGGGCUGGGGAGCUGUGGGCCUGAGAAAGCAGAAGCCCUGGGGGGUGCUGCAGAUGGACCAGCAGGCAGCCUGCCUUUGUCUUGUCUGGAGGAGCCAGGAGCAGAAGCAGGUGUCCGUCCUCAGGGCUGUCCUAGCUGACCAGCGGCCUGUGAGGUUGCACACAGCUCAGGGCUCCUGUGCUUGUAGGGUCGCUCUUGUCUCUCAGCACUCAGGCAAAGCCAGUGUAGGAGUGCUUGCAAAUUCAAGCAAUAGGGCGAUCCUGGAAACUUCCAGCCCAGGUCAGGAGCCUCAGUGGCUUCCGGCACCUGGACGUCCAGGCCCAGGUUGGGGUGGUGGUGGUGGGGACAGACAUGUCUGUCCUGCUGAGUGUUACAUGCAUGAACGGGGGGUUGUCGGGUGGGGGUGGGGACUCGGGUAGACCUACAUCCUGGUGGACCUGAUGUGAAAUUCCUGUCAAACAAAACUUUUAAAUGGUUUGCCAGGAUUAUUUCUGUAUUGAAAGUUUCUAAUUAUGCUUUUUAAAAAAAAUACUAAAAAUAAAGGUUCAAGCUGUCAAA